UGUAACUGAUGAUAUGUUUCCGCAUGAAUAUUGGGGAUGUUACAGUUUGGGUUAUGCGGAGUUCGGAAAGUGGGGGAGGACCACCGGCCUCUCUCAUCCCGUCUUUCAACGUCAGAAACUCACAUCCUUGACCCCGAGGAACCCGAAUUACGUAUCACCAUCUGGCUUGCCUUCGUAUUUCCUGGGCUGGUCGGUCGGUCGAGUAUUCUGUAUUAAGCCACUUACCCAUCGAUCGACUCCGUGUAACCGAGUUCGCCUUCUAUUUUGGCUUCACGUCUUCAGCUUUGUCAGUCUCAGUUCAUCGUGGCACUUUCGAACAAUCUCACCAGAUACAAAAUAUGACAUGUCUGUUACAACAUUAGACAGACUCAUCACAUCAACCCUCAGUGAAUCACUGCAGGACUACGAGAUCCAACUCACUGGGGCCCAAGACUUACCGCAACACCGCUGGGUGCCAUUGUCAGACCACGAGGUGCCGGCGUUAGAGAACCCGCCAAAUUGGGACGCUGAGCAUCGUGGGGUUCCCAAUUAUCGUCCGGUGAACACCCAAUUGGAUCGAUCACAGCGGCCUUGGGGGUCGAAUGCGAUAGAGACCGGGUUUGUUUUCUCGAUGUUGCAUGGUGUUUGGCUGACUUCUAUGGUAUCGUGGACUUGGAGGCAGACAGGCGGGCGGUUCAAUGACACGUAUUGGAGGUGGAAGGUCGGCGGGGAAUUCUAGGCGUUGUAACUCAAUAACACUCAACAUGGAUCUUGUUCUAAGUAGCCAAAAGCAGUCCAGGGCGUAACCCGGGAAUCUUUAACACCGUCUUGAAAGCUGGUGCUAAUUUGGGGUGGCGAAGGAUGCUCCUUGUGACGGUUGUCACGUGAUUGACCCACACUGGUCUGAACAGAUUGAUAAGUGGUUGCAG